CGGCGAGAGAGAGAAGAGGAGACUGAGGAGCUCAGAGCCGCAUCAGCAGCAGACACACGCCGCAUCCUCAUCCUCAUCCUCACACAGCAGCGCAAUGAGGGAAAUCGUACAUAUUCAGGCCGGACAGUGCGGCAACCAGAUUGGUGCCAAGUUUUGGGAGGUGAUCAGUGAUGAACACGGAAUCGACCCCACUGGCAGUUAUCAAGGUGACAGUGAACUGCAGCUGGAGAGGAUAAAUGUUUAUUACAAUGAGGCAUCUGAAAGCAAAUUUGUCCCUCGUGCCAUCCUGGUGGACCUGGAGCCUGGCACCAUGGACUCGGUCCGCUCUGGCCCAUUUGGACAAAUCUUCAGGCCGGAUAAUUUUGUGUUUGGUCAAAGUGGAGCUGGGAACAACUGGGCCAAAGGCCACUACACAGAGGGAGCAGAGCUAGUAGACUCAGUUCUGGAUGUAGUACGCAAGGAGUCCGAGAACUGUGACUGCCUGCAGGGCUUCCAGCUCACGCACUCCCUGGGCGGAGGCACUGGUUCUGGGAUGGGCACCCUCCUCAUCAGCAAGAUCCGUGAGGAGUACCCUGACCGUAUCAUGAACACUUUCAGCGUCAUGCCUUCCCCCAAAGUGUCGGACACAGUGGUGGAGCCCUACAAUGCUACGCUCUCUGUGCAUCAACUGGUGGAGAACACCGACGAGACCUUCAGCAUUGACAACGAAGCACUCUACGACAUUUGCUUCCGCACACUUAAACUUACCACACCUACUUACGGCGACCUGAACCACCUUGUUUCAGCAACAAUGAGCGGAGUCACCACCUGUCUGCGAUUCCCAGGUCAACUUAAUGCCGACCUCCGCAAGCUGGCAGUCAACAUGGUGCCCUUCCCUCGCCUCCACUUCUUCAUGCCCGGAUUUGCGCCCCUGACAAGUCGGGGUAGCCAGCAAUACCGUGCUCUUUCAGUGCCAGAGCUAACACAGCAGAUGUUUGAUGCCAAGAACAUGAUGGCAGCCUGUGACCCGCGACACGGCCGCUACCUCACCGUGGCAGCCAUCUUCCGUGGCCGCAUGUCUAUGAAGGAGGUGGACGAGCAGAUGCUGAGCGUCCAGAACAAGAACAGCAGCUAUUUUGUUGAAUGGAUCCCAAAUAACGUCAAGACGGCAGUCUGCGACAUCCCACCACGUGGGCUAAAAAUGUCCGCCACGUUCAUCGGCAACAGCACAGCCAUUCAAGAGCUGUUCCGCAGGAUUUCAGAGCAGUUCACCGCCAUGUUCAGACGCAAGGCUUUCCUGCACUGGUACACUGGCGAGGGAAUGGAUGAGAUGGAGUUCACAGAGGCAGAAAGCAAUAUGAAUGACCUGGUCUCCGAGUACCAGCAGUACCAAGACGCCACCGCUGACGAAAUAGGCGAGUAUGAGGAGGACGAUCUUGAAGAUGAGGAGGACGCUCGCCAUUAACACAGCUGAUAGCCAAAUAGAUGUAGUUUUCAAAACCAUUGCUUUUAGUUGAUCUGAAAAUUUCCAUAGAAAUGUAAAACAGUGCCGCUACGCCAUAAUUCAAAAGGUGCUACUGUGUUUAAUUGAUGUUCAGGAAAGAUACAAGUUAACAGUCAUUCAGUGAACAGCGAUCAAUCCAUCUUGGGGAACAAAGGGUACAUUAAGACAUGUUUUGUAACAUGCAGUUGCCAAAUAAAAUAAAGUGGUCACU